AUGGACGACUCGACGCCACCACCACCCGUCGAUCUGAGGCGCCGCAUCUUUGGGCGCAAGCCAGCCUGGCGAAUGUCAUAUCGUCUACUGACUUUUCUGGUUCCGUUUACUGUAUGCAUUUUGGCACUUUCCGUUAAGAGCUUACCUCUUCCGAACAAAAGUGAGGUUCGCAGAACUGUUGAGUUAAACAAUGAGGACUUUGACAUGCUACGCGAGAUGAGGGAAGAGAUUACUGUGUCCGGAAUUCGUAUCGAAAAUUACCAGCAAAAAAAGCACUCAGCAUUCCUUGGCUAUAAUUCGAGAAGCCACUCAAUCGUAAAGCCUAAUGAGCUGGUUCGUGUAGUGAUUUUUGGAUCGGGAUUUUCGCAUCUUCGAAAACUCAAAUUUUCUGGUAGUCAAUCUUGCGACGGCAACGAAAAAGCGUUUAGUGAAGCAGACUUCACCAUUAUGACUCCAACUAGAUUAGUCAUAGUUACCUCUUUCGAAAAACUUGUUAAUGAAGAAGACGUGUAUAGACUUUGCAUAGCUCGAAAGCGCAUGGGUAGACAGCUGCCAUAUACACAAAUCGACGACCCAUUCACUAUUAUCUCUACAAAGGUUCCCGAGAAGAAUUUCAUGUUCCCACUUUACAUUUCCUGUCCAUUGUUGUUUUGUUUGCUCUGCCUAUCGGGUUUGUUCUCCGGUUUGAACUUGGGUUUGAUGACCUUGACGCCAUACGAGUUGCAAUUGUAUAUCAAAUCGGGUACCCCAAGAGAAAAGUACUACGCUGAGCGAAUUUUGCCAGUUCGAAAACGUGGAAAUAUCCUUCUCUGCACCCUUCUCCUUGGAAACGUUGUUGUGAACUCGGCCGUUUCACUUUUGCUCGAUGACUUACUUGAAGGAAAUGGAGCAUUUGCCCUUAUCGCUUCGACUAUUGGUAUUGUCAUUUUCGGAGAGAUCGUUCCUCAAGCUAUCUGCGUGAAGCGCGGUUUGGAAGUUGGUUCGUACACAGUCCCGCUGACUAGAGUGAUUGUCGCAUUGAUGUAUCCGAUCACUUGGGUUAUAUCGAUGGUACUCGACUUUUUCCUCAAAGAAGAGUUGACCCAGCCGCUGGGACGAAAGAAAUUGGUUGAGAUGAUGAAAAUGAGCACCAUGACUGAUGCUUGUGAGGGCAACGACGAUUUCCGCAUGGCAUUGGGAGCUUUGGAAAUAGUUGAUAAAACAGCGAAACAUGCGAUGACCAAAAUUGAAGAUGUGUUUAUGUUGGAAUCCACAUUGAAGCUCACCCCCGUGACAAUGAACCAAAUCCUGGAGACCGGCUAUACACGCAUCCCAAUUUACGAGAAUGACCGCAACAACGUUGUUGACUUGCUCUUCAUCAAAGAUUUGGCUCUAUUGGACCCUGAUGACAACAUGGAUGUGAUGAAGGUCUGCUCGGUUUACAAACAUCAGCUCCGCAUUGUGGACGAGGAUACCCCAUUGAGAGUGCUUUUAGAUGAGUUCAAGAAGGGAGAAUACCAUUUGGCUAUGGUUCAUCGCGUCGUUUGCCAUGAUGACGCCGAUCCAACCUAUGAACUAGUUGGAUUGAUUACUCUUGAGGACAUUAUUGAAGAGAUCAUUCAGUCCGAGAUUCUUGACGAGACCGACGCUGUGUGCGACAAUGUCCACCGUAAGAAAAGACAGAAGAAGAGGAAUGCUCAUUUGCCACAAAUCGUUGACAUUAAAUCAAAAUGCGCAAUCAGUGUUCAAAUGCAAAUCGUCGUCGUCCAAUUCCUGUCGACAUUCCAUCCAAUCUUCUCGCCCAAAUAUAUCGCACCACUCGUGUUGGAAAAAUUGGUUCAAAAGAAUGUCCGACGAGUUGAGAAUGCGUAUUUUUCAUGCCUAAAUCAGCAGCGCACGCCACCGCAACCUGCUGUUUUGUAUACGAACGGCGAAUUCAGCGACAAAUUUGUGUUGUUCUUGGAAGGUGGCUCGCUGGUCAACGUCGGAAAGGAGCACAUGCUGCUUGAGACAAAAGCAUGGCAACACAUUGGUCUUGAGGUGCUUGAAGGAUUGAUUCGGGCGAUUAGAGAAGAGGAAGAGAAAUCGGGAAGCCCGAGUUUGUCAUUUGCAAAUGAGCUCAAAGUCCAGAAAAAAAUUGGUUUCGUUCCGGAUUUCACCGCUGUUGUCCGCAAUGAGUGCACCUUCUUCGAAUUGAACGUUUCCGAUUACUGCACGGCCUUCAAAGCUUCAAUUUUGAAUAAUAGCACAUCCGAGGUUCCUCUGUCGAGAUCGCAAUCUCGCGUGAGCUUGGUGGAAGAUGUCUCUUCAAAGAAUUCUUCGCCACACAAGCAUUGCCCAAGACUCCGCUCAUGCAGUGAUAGCGAAACCUCCGCAUUGUUGAUGAAUGGUACUGAAUUAACCGACCUGACAUUUACCGAAAAGACCCCAUUGGCUACCAGCGCUGUUUAA